GGUUACGACAACAUGGCGGCUGUUUUUGUUUCAUUUUUUGAAGAUUUUUAAGUUUUAAAGAAAAAGAUGUAAUAAUUGUGCAGUGAAAUAUUUAAAUAUGGCUACAGUUGUGACAAACACAACAGCAAAAGCAAUCGGAAGCUAUGUUGGAGAAACAAAAAAGCAAAUUAGAGAUGGUUUGUACUGUUGUUGAUUUGGUGUGUAUCGUGAAUAUUUAUAUUAAUAUUGUUAUUUCUUUACUCUAUUGCACCACCUAUAUAUUUAUAUCAAGUCUUUAUGUCAUGUAUUUUCAAUGAUUAUGGUACAAUUCCCCAAUAUUUUCAUUUUUAGGUUUUGGAGUGUAUAAUUAUCCAAACAAAUUUUUCCGUUAUGAAGGUGAAUGGAGAGAAGGCAAGAAACAUGGUGUGUAUCAAAUUGCCAGUGAACAGUGUAGAAUAUUUAUUAAACUUUGAGCAUCCGCAGCUACAGACACACAAUGUCACCUUGACAGAGGUCUCCAUUAUCCUUUAGAAAAAAUACCACAAAUAAUAUAUCAUCUUCAAUUUUAAAAGAUAAUACCAUUCCUUUUUGGUUAUUUAAUAUUCAAUCAAAGGUCAUGGUCGAUUAAUAAUGGCAGAUGGUAGUUUUUAUGAGGGAUCAUUUGAAAAUGGUGAAAUAACUGGUCAUGGUUACAGGGCAUGGGUCCAUACCAAGAACUCGUACACUGGCCAGUUUGAGCGUGGUGAGCAGUGUGGUGUUGGCGUUAUGGUAUAUGGGAAUGGUGAUAAAUAUGAAGGUGGUUGGCAAAAUAAUAAAAGAGAAGGUAAUAACCGAUUAUUGCAAGACAAUUGCUCUUAUAGAGCUAAAUGUAUCCAGCUACAAGGUGCCCUAAAGGUGGUGUGCAGAAAUUUCUGCCUAAAAAAAUAUCGAGUGCAACGUUGACCAACUCUGUAGUCUGGUCUGUUUGAAAUGUAAUUAUACUGCAUGCAAAGUUCCUACUCAACACUCUCUUGUUGUUCUUAAUACCUGUAUUGUCUUGUUUAGUAUUGUUAUUGUACAUGUUUAUAGUCCUGUAUUUGUUUAAGUGUGCUGUUGUGGUAAAGUUAAAUAAAUAAACAGAUUAAUGAAAUAAUUCCUAAUAUCUUUAAUAAAUCAAUAAAUUCAUUGAUGCCCAUGUGGCACUUUCCUCCGAAAAAAAAAAUCAUCUGGCAGAGUAAAUGAUAGUCUUCACCUUAACUCAUUAGGAGAAGGUGAACUAAAUGAAGCAAAUGGCAAUAUUUAUAAAGGAUCAUUUUACCAACACAAAAAACAUGGUAGAGGUUAUCAGCUUUACAGGUUAGUUUUAAAAUUGGCUGAAAAUUGAAUUGUUGAAGGGAAAUGAUUUUCUGUAAAUGUUUUCAAUUGACAAAUGGGUGAGUUUUUAUUUUGUAGUAAUGGUGAUCAGUAUGAAGGAGAAUGGGUAAGGGGAAUGAAACAAGGUCAUGGUACAAUGAAGUAUAAUGAUGGAACUAUAUAUGAUGUAAGUUUUCCUGGGUGAAAGUACAAAGGAAGGACCAGGAUACUCUGCGACAUUCCGGGUCUGGUCGUAGUCUAUAUAUCCUUGAAUGCAAAUUACUGUGAGAAUUCAAAAUUAUAUAACAUGUAGGGCCAGUGGCGAGAUGACACGUUCAAUGGACAAGGCAGUAUUGUACACAUUUCUGGUGUGUUGUAUGAAGGAAUAUGGAUCGCUGGAAGGCCUGCUGGUAAGCACAAGGCUAACUAUGUUCACAUUCGUUCAGAUUAAAUAUAUAUCUUCAAUCUAUGGACUGGACGACAUUUGAAAAAUACGACGUAAAACGUCAUCUGAACACAACAAUUACUAGAAAUAUUUAAACUGCCCGGAAGUGAGUGUAAUUAAUGGACGUGUACACGUUCCAAACGUUCACGCAAAUUAGGUAGUUUUGAAAGAGGCUGAAACCGAAAUUACAUAAGUGACCAGGCUAUAGUUAGCACAUUACUCAUUAUAGUAACUAUCAAAGAUUAGAUGGUUAAGCAAUAGUUAUAUCCUGACUGCGAAAACUGUGAACGCAUUGGGACGAAAGUGUGUUCUUUCUCCUGUUAUAACUAUGUUUCUCUUUAUGAUAUGUCUCAUUGUAAAGCACAUUUUGUUUUAGUUCACAGUUAUUGUUUUGGAUUGUUGUCCACACAACUUGCGACAAACUAAAUAUUGACUGUUAUAUUUGUUAUAGUCGAGGCUUUUACCUUGGCUUUGGAUGGUUCAAAUGUAAUCGAAAUAGAGCAAGGCAAGCCUUUUAAUAUCGAGAUUUUCUGUCACACUGUCGAUGGUGAGAUUACCCAGGGUAAGCAUUGUAGUUCAUUGAGAAUGUCACCGAGGCGACGCCAUAACCUCCACCCUGUGUUUGAUGCAGUUUAAUUGUUGUGAUUAUUUUUAGACGAUGGUCGUCUUUUGCAAAUUACAGCUGGUGUAAAAGUGUCAAAUAAACGUUUUUCGAUUGAUGGAAAGCAAAAUGAACAAGAUAUUAUUUCGACUCCGUUGUACGUGAUUUCUCAUUUUCUCUUUCGUUCUGUAUUUCUUUACAAUUAUCACCAUCACAAACACAAACAUCCACUGCUAUCAAACUGUGUUAUCUAUUAUUUCAAUAUUCACGUACGGAACGUUAUUUCCAUUUAGCGACUUCGACGCCGAACCGUACCCCCUUACAGAAAUUCCUGCUGAUUGCGAGCCAUCACUUAAUGGAAGACUUGAGCCACCUUCACCGAUCAUAGAGAAUGAUGACAGGACCUCAGAACAGGUUUGCAUUUUAAGCCAGUUUUUUUCAAUCUAAGUAACCACUUCUGAUUUUGCAAGAUUUGCAGUACGUACGCACACCAUCAUCAUCAGAGGCGAGUAUAUCAGCAUUUUACUCAGUCUCUUAGCCUUGGAAGAACUAUAGAUUUCUUUACUUUGGGUACAUGCACCGCUACCGUUGGAAAGAACAGGCCUAAGACCAGGUCAUACACAAUAAGAGGCAGUAAUUUUGGCACACAAAGAAGUCCCAGUCUCAUACAUUACAGGUCAGAUUAUACCCACGUCGAGUAAGAUGUUUCGUGCAAUAUGUACAAGAAAUUACAUAUGUCCCUAAUCUCUUUCUAUAAGAAAAAGACCAGAACGCCUUCAAACUUUACAAACACCAGAACUACAUCAUAACGACCUAUAAACCCUUGAACCCUUUAGUUUUAUUUCCUCAUCAUACUGCUAACUGCUAACGUACUGAUAUUUCAGGAUCGCCCAGGCCCAGAUGACCAAGCUAAAACUCGUACCAGUCCCCCACCUACAGCAGGUGGACACAUGACCUCGUCUAGACCAGAUAGUGUACAUCUGGCAUCCUCAACAGAUGGUGAAGGAAUUUCCGAGGGUAAGUAAAGGUAGCGGGAUUAAUCAUCUGAGAACUGAAUUGCGAAGGGUACAGCCAGUGGGUACAGCUCAAACAUUGAGGGCUUUCAAAACAAGUCAGCGGCCACUGGAGCUCCAGCGUGUGUUAUGAGGUUUACUGCCAACUACUUUCUGUACUGUGCAUCCAGCUCACUUCAUUCGCAUAAUUUGAUACGAUAAACGAUCUAUCCUUAUUUUUUAGUCAUUACCAGCAGUUCACAAGGAUUUCUGUUCCCAAUAGUGCCAGCAAUUCGUACAGUCAACGGUCGCGCAACAUUUGAAAAUACUUUCCUGCCAGCGUGUUCCCGUAGUUAUUCCACGACAUUUGAGGAUAGGGAAGUGCUUGAUGGUCGAACAAGUCAAGGACAGAAGUAUGUUUUGUUUUCUAGUUUAGAUCUGGCAACAAGUCAACUACAUUUAUUGUCAUGCAAAUAUACAAGGAACUUAAUAUGUUACUCAUGCUUUUGGUUUGCAAUUUUCAAACACAGGCGGGCUCUUAAAAAAUAAAGUAAGAUUUGAGUUGAAGAUUAUUGAACUCCGCUGACACACUUACAGGUCAAAACGUGGCAGCAAGAAAGGCAGUGUCCAGCACAGUGCAACUGAUCUGGCAGAAUUAAAAGAAGGACGACGAAGGAAGGAUAAGAAAGAUGAGAAAAAUAAUGACGACAAAGCAAGAUUCUGCAAGCCAGGUUCGUGCUUUCAUUUAUUAGACAAGAGAGCAUGUCGGAUAUAGACCCUGGUUGCCGUGAUCGAAUAAAGAACACUUGUCAAUAUUGAACCAGGAAAUAAGCCAACACAAUGCAAUUCCUGAUAAAUAUUCCGUUCAACAUUGACCAGAGUAGGUCUAGCCUGCAGCCCCCAGCCCGAAAUGCAAGGAGGCUAGAGCAAUAUUUAUUCGGCAUAUUCAGAAUUCAGAUUAUAUUUUCGAAGUCAUGUAGUCACAAUGGCGCGUCAUCUUGCGAAGUUAUGAUUAAAUUUCAUCCUUUUAUAUUCUUACCAAGGUGAUUACGUCAUCAUUGUGAAAGACGUUACCAGUCCUCCGUUCCUUGGCACGACUUUACAACCAGCGUACUGUCAUGUGAAAGUGAAUGCAAAGCAAAAGAGAGCGAAAAGUAAAAUUGAUAAAAGAUGACAACAGAAGAAAUUCAGUCGUUUACAUUGUGAAGGCCAUGGAAACUUUUUUCUUGAGUCCAAAAUCUUGAGCCGUGCGAAAUAAAACGUUGAUGUCCACAACAGAGUUUAAGGCAAGCUCUCUAUGUCUGAAUACAAUUAUGAAUGGUAAAUUCGACAUAACAUUGUCAAUAUACAGGGUGUAUCAAAAAAAGCGCAAUCCUCGACUGAAAUGUAAAUUGCUAAACAAAUAAUAGACGAAAACGUUAAAGUUUACAUUCAUUUUAAAGCGUAGCCAUUCAGCUUUCUAACAGUGGGUGGUUUCUUAAAUUUGACUCGUUGGUUCGCGGCUAAUAAUACUUUACGUUAUUGCGAUUGGAGAUUAAAAAAAUUGAGAUGGAAUAAAAAAUCGUUCUCAUGAAAAUAACUGAUUUUUUCAUUAAAACAAAAAAAUGUUGCAUUUUAUUAAAUGGAUUAUAGUAGUAUAAUUAAGUAUAAUUACGGCUUUUCUUCCACUAUUUUUAACUCAGUUUGAAACUUCAAAUGCGAUAUAAUUUUGGCUUGGACCAUCUAAGCUGACUGACAUCAACUUGCUAUAAUUUCUGUUUACAUUACAUUGCAAUUCGAUGAC